GUUUGAACUUGGCGCCCGUUUCGAAAUAGUAAUCGUAAUAUAUCGAAGCUGCAAAAAUCGAUAGGUUCAACAUAUGGUGCCAUAUCUAACCGGCUGUUUCGUGUUUUUGUUAUUUCAUAAUAAAUUCUUGACGGAAAGCCCCUAAGAAUCAGCGAAAUGCAAAGCACGAGGAGCACCCGGCUGCUGUCCUUGGCCAGGAGAUUCGUACACAUCCGGACGGCAGCGCAAUCGGCACGGGAGUCCACGGGAUUGGGAAGGGAUAAGUCAAGUGGCGCGGAAUCCACCUCCGGAACGGAGCAAACCACGCAUUUCGGCUUUCAAACUGUGCGGGAAAGUGAAAAGGAACAAAAGGUGCACGAGGUCUUCGAACAGGUGGCCAACUCCUAUGACAUGAUGAACGAUGCCAUGUCCCUGGGCAUCCAUCGCGUGUGGAAGGAUAUGUUCGUUGAACGAUUGGGUCCCACGCACGGUAUGCGCCUGCUGGACAUGGCCGGCGGCACCGGGGACAUCACCUUUCGCUACCUGCGCUACCUGGCCAACCAGCCGAAUCCCCAGCAGCGUUCCAGCCACGUCACUGUGUCGGACAUCAACCAGCACAUGCUUGACGUCGGCGAGGAGCGGGCCAAGCGGCUGGGACUGACCACCGACCAGCUGUCCAACUGCACCGUCGCUUGGCAGUGCGCCGAUGCCGAGAAGUUGCCCUUCCAGGACGCCAGCUUUAGUGCCUACACUAUUGCCUUUGGCAUCAGGAACUGCACACAUGUGGAUAAGGUUCUUUCCGAGGCGUAUCGAGUGCUGCAGCCGGGCGGACGCUUCAUGUGCCUGGAGUUCAGUCAUCUGACCAAUGAAACGAUGCAAUGGCUAUACGACCAGUACUCCUUCCAGGUCAUCCCGCCGAUGGGCCAAUUGUUGGCUGGUCAGUGGCAGGCGUAUCAGUACCUGGUGGAGAGCAUCCGGCGGUUUCCCAAGCAGGAGCAGUUCAAGCGAAUGAUCGAGCAGGCGGGAUUCGAUCAGGUGUCGUACGAGAACCUCACCUUCGGCGUGGUCAGCAUUCACUCCGGCUUCAAGCUGUGAGAUCCCAGGCUGAUUUCUGCUGUAAGCGAUUAGGAAAUCCUGAACCCCGUUUGCUGGGGCUUAACUAUCAUGUGUGUGUUUGGUUUUCCCGUUUUUCCAUGCUGCUCACGUCGGGCAGGUCAUAAAGCAUCGAAUUGAACAAG